AGCCUCAUAUUUCUGACUGACAUAAGUUUUCCUAACGUCUUGACAUUCUUCAUCGCUACUCCCUUAAAAUGUCAAGAUUCGGUCUUAAUCUCCAAUACUCUCUGUCAAGAAAAACAUCGUUAAAGCUAGGCAAACGGAGCCUAUCCAAGGAAACUAGCCUGAGACCUGCUGCCCCGCCGAAGAUUUAUCGGCCUAACACUGAGGAAAUGAGACAGGUGUUCGAUAAGUUCGACGCCAACAGAGACGGGAAGAUCUCGAAGGAGGAGUACAAGUCGGCAAUGGGGGUACUAGGGCAGGGGAUCAGCGAUCACGAAGCGAACGAGGCGUUCCGGGUGAUGGAUGCCAAUAAGGAUGGGUUCGUGGACUUCAGGGAGUUUCUGGAGGUGCACGGGUCGGGGGGCGGGAUAAAGAGCUGCGAUAUUGAGGGCGCAUUCCGAGCGUACGACCUGGACGGGGACGGGAGGAUCAGCGCAAAGGAGCUGUGGGAGGUAAUGAGGAGCUUGGGCGAGAAGUGCAGCUUGGAGGCUUGCAAGAGGAUGGUCCGCGCGGUGGAUGCCGACGGGGACGGUUGCGUCAACAUGGACGAGUUCAUGAACAUGAUGACUCGUACCAUGAAGCCGUGCUAACCGUGGCUAAUUUGGAUACAUGUUAUGUUCAUGAGCGUCUGUCGUUUGGACUCCAGAUGCCCAUGAUUGACCAAAUAA